AUGGCUCCCUCAUCUACGUCAAUCGACUACACGGUGAUCAACCCAGCGCAAAAAUGGAAGAUCCUCCGAGUACAAUGGCGGUACGGACUAUGGGGUAAGGAUCCUGAACCCUGGCAAAUGAAGAAUAUUCCUGACAUCCGAAAAGCGUUAUGGACUUCCAUCGGUUCCAUGAUGCUUGGCUUUGACUAUGUGAUCGGCAGCCAGCUAGCAGCCCUAUCGGAGUUUCAGAAGUUCUUCGGCGUCCAACAACCAGACGGAAGCUGGAUCGUUCCCGCGUCGUACCUUUCAGCCUGGGGCGCGAUUGGGCUUGGGUGUGACGUGGUGGCAUCGUGGCUCGCAGCACCUGUUUUGGAAAAAUAUGGACGGAAGCCCCUUAUCCUCUUCUGUGCCGCGGUGUCUACAGUUGCCAUCAUUCUUCAGCAGUUGGCUACCAAUUGGAGGGUGCAUUUGGCGGGCCGUGCGGUGAAUGGUAUCUCCAUUGGUAUCAUGUUCACCAUCUCACCAUUGUGGAUUGAUUCAUUAAUCUACAAGGCGCGUUUUGCUGAUUGGGAGAUUGAACAUAAAGUCAAUACUAGCAUCAUUUGGGGCCAAAUGCUUGUUGUCAUCGUCGCUCGUGCAAGCAGCGGACUUCAAGACAAGUGGCAAUGGUGGAUCCCAGUGAUUUGCAUGUAUAUAUACCCGCUGAUGCUUGUUCUCAUCUGGCCAUUCUUCCCAGAGUCACCGUACUGGCUAAUCCGCGAAAACAAGCACGAAUCAGCGAGGAAGUCUCUAGAACGAGGACGUGAAUUUCUGCGAAGAUCGAGCAGACGGACCGAAAAAAAUAAGAUGAUCUGGGGAUGGAUCCCCUCGCCCACUGCCGAGCUCGAAUGCUUCGAUAAAAAGAACCGCAAGAGGACGUUGACUGCAAUCUGUGCCGCCAGCUCACAGCAGGUCAUCGGAGCUGCCUUUGUUAUUGGCAAUGCGACAUAUUUCCUGGAUCUAAUUGGCAUUAAGGAGUACUUCGAUGCGUCGGUCACACUUUAUAUCAUCAUGUUACUAUCCUCAGUGGCGGCGUUUCCACUCAGCGAGAUGGUUGGCCGUCGGACAUUGAUCGUACCCUCGAAAUUCGUCCUCUGCUUUUUUCUGCUUUUGAUUGGUAUCAUGGGCUGCGUACCCGAUCAGACGAAAGCAGGCUGGGCAAUUGUCGUGUUUAUCUAUCUCUGGGCUAUUGUCUAUCAAAUGAGCAUAGGCGCAACAGGCUUUGUGCUGGCAAGCGAGGUUGCUACUCUGAGGCUUCGUGCGGGUACUCAGGCUCUCGUCACGAUGAGCAAUGGUGUCUGGGGACUCAUCAUGCAAUUCACUAUUCCAUAUAUGAUUAACCCAGACGCCGGACAUCUCGGCGGCAAAGUCGGCUUCAUUUUCUUCGGGUUGGGGCUUGUAGUAUCCAUUUUUGGCUGGUUCCUGUACCCCGAAACCAAAGGCGUCCGUUUUGAGAAACUUGACGAGUUGUAUGCGCAGGGGAUUAAGCCCCGGCAUUUCAAGAAACACGAGAACGCUAGCGAUUUGAACAACCAGAUUGGCACGGAGGAGGUCAAAACAAAGGCUUAG